AUCACUGCGUUGUCAUCGGUCCAGUUUUACCCCGCCCGUCCGUCCGUCCGGUGCCCAGUCGCUAUGGACGCAAGACACUUUAUUGAACUACUCCAACUUGGACUAUCUGACGUUUAGUAUCGCUUUUCACCAUCGCGACGACAAAAAAGACACGGCGGACGCGGGGUGAUGAUUCUGAACAGCGAUCCCUAAACAACAGAGUUUACGGUCGCUGGUUACCCAUAAACCUCUAUCCGGGACACAAGACAAUGCGCAGACAUUUCUGGACUGUUCAGUAGAUGCAUAGUUGCUUCAGUGAUGUUACUCGCCUCAAUGGGAUUCCGUUACCCUGUCGGUUUUAGUUUUUUUGUGGAAGUAAUUAUUAAAAGCUAUUUAACUUGACUGGAUUUACCCCUCGCGUGACGCUGCCUGUUAGCCAAGGCUUGACUACAACUCCAGCACGCGGCUCAGAAAUUGGCCCACAUUGAGACACUUUUGUCUUUUAGGGAACUUGUGAGAUUUAGAAAUGACGGCGCAGCUUAAAAUGAGUAGAAAGCGUUAGAGGAAAUGUACGGGUUUUAAUAAAGCAGACCUUGGGUUCCCUGUGAAUGAACGCGGACAGAAUGGCGUCUUACGUGGACAAUAGUUUUCGGCACGCGAUCAUGAAGAAUCCUACCGACAGGACGCAACAGGAUCUGCAGAUUGUGUACUCGUACCUCCAUGGGAUGGAAGCACUAUCCAACCUGAGGGAGCACCAGCUCAGGUUGAUGUGUGAGACGGUUCGAUAUGAGCAGCAUGAAGCAAAUGAGGUUUUAUACUAUCCUGAUGACAUUGGGACAUGCUGGUAUAUCCUCCUGUCUGGCUCAGUCUUUAUAAAGGAGUCCAUGUUUCUGCCACGCAGCAGUUUUGGUAAGCGUUCUGCGGGUAGUUUGCGUCGUGGGUGUGAGUGUAUCGUCCUGGAGGCUUCAGAAAUGAUUGUGGUGGACUACAUAGACGAUAACGACGAGUAUUUUCAAAGGCAAGCCUCUCAUCGGCAGUCCAGGAGAAGGUUCCGGAAAAUAAAUCAGCGUGGAGAGCGACAGACUAUUAUCGAUACCGUUGAUCAUUAUCCAAUCAGCAAGCCUCCUCUGCCACCAGGAUACCAAUCGGAAUGCUCAAAAUCCCAGCUCCCUGCAGAUUUCUCAAAGCUUCACCCCACCGACAGUUGCCACGCCCAUAUGAUUUCCAGCCAAUCACGUUCCAGCAUCGCCAGUGAUUCAGGAAGUAGCAGCCUAUCAGAUAUUUACCAGGCCACUGAAAGCGAGUGUGGAGACAUGGAUCUGAGCGGGCUUCCUGAAACAGCGGUGGACUCUAACGAGGAUGAUGAUGAUGAUGUAGGCAGAGGGACGGAUGCUCUCAUGAGUCGGGACAUCGUUAGAGACUGUCUGGAGAAAGAUCCCAUGGACCGUACAGAUGAUGACAUUGAGCAGUUGCUGGAGUUUGUACAGCAACUUCCAGCAUUCGCCAGUCUGAGUGUUUCGGUACGGAGGGAACUUUGUGCCGUCAUGGUGUUUGCGGUCGUGGAACGGGCCGGAACCGUCGUACUCAAUCAUGGUGAAGAGCUGGACUCAUGGUCAGUCAUUCUAAACGGAGCAGUAGAGGUGAUCCAUCAAGACGGCGGCAGUGAAAGUGUGUGUAUGGGUGGAAGUUUUGGCGUCUCACCUUCUAUGGAGAAACAGAUGAUGACUGGAGUCAUGAAAACCAAAGUGGACGACUGUCAGUUUGUGUGUAUUGCACAGCAGGACUACUGCUGUAUUCUGAAUCAGGUUGAGCAGAACACACAGCGUGUGGAGGAAGAGGGUGAAAUCGUCAUGGUGAAAGAACACCGAGAACUUGACCGAACGGGUACCCGCAAGGGGCACAUUGUUGUAAAGGGUACUGCUGAAAGGCUGAUGCAGCACCUAGUAGAGGAUCAUUCUGUCAUUGACCCCACAUAUAUUGAGGACUUCCUGUUGACCUAUCGUACCUUCCUGCCCAGUCCUCUGAUUUUGGGACAGAGACUUCUGGACUGGUUUAAUGACCUCAGUUUACGGGACAAGGUUACGCGAGUUGUGUUAUUAUGGGUUAACAAUCAUUUUAGUGACUUUGAGGGAGAUCCUGAUAUGACCAGUUUCUUGGAGGAGUUCCAAAUUAAUCUGGAGAGAGAGAAAAUGACUGGUCAGUUGCGGUUGCUCAACAUAGCUUGUGCUGCUAAAGCCAAACCCAGAAUGAUUACAAUAACAAGGUCUGCUCGAGAGAUGUCCCUCCCCUUUACACUUAUUGGAGGAGCUGAACGGGGGACACGCCUCUUUAUCAGCAGUGUGGAGGUGGGCAGCAAGGCGGAGGAGGCGGGGCUUAAGCGUGGGGACCAGAUAUUGGAGGUGAAUGGGCAGACCUUUGAGAAUGUACAGUUGUCCAAAGCAAUUGAAAUUCUCAGGAACAACACACAGCUGUGUAUGAGUGUCAAAACCAACCUCCUGGUCUUCAAGGAGCUGGUGGCCAGGGUGGCAGAGGAAAGGAAAAACGGCGUUCCUCAUCUUCCAAGGAUUGGUGAUGGAAAGAAAGGUAGCCGUUACUCUGUACCUGAACUUGGAGCUAGUACUGAUCUCAUAGGUCAAGAGAAGGUCAGCAAGAAGGUCAAAGCUCAUACAAUGGGUGGCAGAAACAAACUGAUGAAGAUUCUAGACAAGACACGCAUGAGCAUCCUACCUCAGAAACCUUACAGUGACCUGGGCUUGGGGCAGACCCAGGAUGACAGUAUUGUGGGAUUGCGGCAGAACAAACAGGCUCCACCCACUAUGCCAGUCAGCGGAAGUCUCUCAUUCAGUAACCCUGACCUGGCCCAAGGCCAACAGCGCAUUAUCGACUACAGUACACAACCACAAGCACCUGGAUUCACUCAAUUGCAAGACCAGGUGCUGCGUGUUUUCAAGGCAGACCAACAAAGUCGUUACCUAUUGAUCAAUAGAGACACUACAGCGAGAGAAGCAGCCAAUCACGCGAUUCGAGAGUUUGGCCUGACUGCAAGUCCUGAAGCCUUUUCGCUCUGUGAGGUGUCAGUCACGCAAGAGGGCGUUAUCAAACAGAGACGACUUCCUGAUCAACUGUCCAAACUUGGAGACAGGAUACAGCUUAGCGCCAGAUAUUAUCUGAAGAACAACAUGGAGACAGAGACGCUGUGUUCAGACGUGGAAGCGCAGGAGAUGCAGCGAGAAUCUCUGGUCUCUCUGUUAUCCCUGAGCUCCAUGGAGAUAGCCAAUCAGUUGUCGGCACGCAACUAUCUGCUCUUUUCAAGCAUUGAACCAACCGAUUACAUCUUUGACCUCUUCAAACUCCGCCCACAGGAGCCUACUUCCAACCUGCGCAAAUUUGAAGAUCGUGUAAACCAGGAGACCUUCUGGGUCGCCACAGAGGUGGUACGGGAAAGCAAUCUGGCCAAAAGAGCGAAGAUCAUCAAGCACUUUAUAAAGAUUGCCCUUCAUUGCCGCGACUGCAAGAACUUCAACUCCAUGUUUGCCAUUAUCAGUGGGUUCAAUCUAGCACCCGUCUCUCGGUUGAGAUCUACAUGGGAACGUUUGCCUGGAAAAUACGAGAAGCUUUUGGCAGAAUUGCAGGACGUGUUCGACCCUUCGCGCAACAUGGCCAAAUACCGCAACCUUCUCAACAAACACAACCUGCAGCCUCCAGUCAUCCCUUUGUUUCCUGUUAUUAAAAAAGACCUUACCUUCCUCCAUGAGGGCAACAACUCUAAGGUGGAUGGUCUGGUGAAUUUUGAGAAGUUGAGGAUGAUUGCAAGAGAGAUCAGACACGUGGUUCGAAUGGCUGCCAUCACCAUGGACCCUGCUUUGCUUUUUAAGACUAGGAAGAAAAAGUGGAGGAGCCUAGGGUCUCUAAGUCAAGUGAGCAGCUCUUCUCUGUCUGACAUCGGCACGAUGGGUGGCAAGAGGAAAGGGAGGCGGAGCUCUUUCCUCAGUUCUAAGAAACUCUAUGAGAUGGAGAUGAUGAGCAGACGUGUGCGACAGUAUUUGGACACGCACACUCACGAGAGUGACGAGGACACACUCCAUGGUCUGUCCUUGCAGUGUGAGCCUGCCAACAACUCAACACUGAAGAUCUCAGGUGAAAAGAGAAGAGUGGAUGCAUCUCCUGUCAGUCAAAGAAGUGCCACUCCGCGUCAGCCGAAUGGAAAUCUCGGUCGCAAGAAAGCAGCUGGCAAAGAGUUACCUCCAUUUGGUGCCCAGUCUCCUCAGUCUCUCCAUAAGAUUUUGUCUCUCUCAGAAGAAGGGCGGGACAGACAACGAAAGCCGCCUGAGGACUGCCAAUCAGAUGCUUCAUCUAUACUCUCCUCUCCUCGCACCUCACCUCACAGUACGCCUAGAAAAGCCCCACAAUUAGUUGUGAGUGAAGCAUCAGAUCAGUUGAGUCUGUUAAGCUCCUCCUCUUCCGAUCUUAUCAUGGCUGAUGACCACACGCAUAUGCAAGCCCAUACGCUUACACACCCUCUCAACGCGCGUAGGACAGAGCCUGACCAAAUAAGCCUGGGGUGCUACUCACUUACUCCGGAUCAGUGUGACCGUGCAUCGUUGGAUGCUGUAGACAGUGGGCGUGGCAGCUGGACGUCCUGCUCCAGUGGUUCCCAUGACAACAUCCAAAGUAUUCCACAGCGCGUUGGUUAUUAUGACAACCGCAGCUGGGAGACACUGUCAGAAAGGAUUGGGCGCAGUCACGUGACCACACCUAACGGUUUCUGGGGUGACGAACUGGAAGGCGACACGGGAACGAUAAAGCGAAGAGGUGGAAAAGAUGAGACUCCAAAUGCGAACAAGAGUAACAUGAGUCGAAAGGAGGGCAGAUUUAGAGAGCCCCCGCCCACACCUCCGGGUUAUACUGCGCUAUCAUUGGCAGAGGCAGAUAGCCACAUUCAUGCUCACGGGCGACGCCCACCAGACUACACAGCGGCGUUGCAGAGGUCUCGCUUUCUCAAAAGGACAUGUGAGCCUCCCCCGUUACACCCAUCCAGUAGAUUGCCAGCAUACACCCACUACCAGUCACCAGGAAGGGCCCAACAGGAUGAAAAUGAGCAGAUAUCUGCUGUUUAAACAGGGACACUUCCUGUAUCUCUGCCCCAGUGUUUCUAUGUGGCAGACUAUGUGGAGACAUGGCCAAAAAUGAACUAUAGCCAAACAUUUCAGGUCUUCAUGGAGAUCACUGUGAACGAAGAGAGGAGCUGAGAAAAUGUUGGCACUUUUAGCAGAUGUUCUUCAAAACAAAGGCAUAAUAAAAUGAAGAAUAAUGUCCCAUUUUAUGUUUAAAGUGGUGAGGUGUUGCACAUGAUGCAAUGUCAGUGUUAUAAUACAGAACCAUGGAAAGUGUUAUUUUAUUUGAAUUUUUUAGUCUGACGUGUUCCUUUAGUAUGUGUGUUUAAGAGUGGAACUUUAUGUUUGUGUAUGUGUGAGAGAGGAAGGAUUGAUGCAGCCCUCUUCAGACACUUGGAGACUGAAAGACAAGACUGAGAAGCUGCCUACAUCUCUCUGUGCUAAUAUCAGUGUUUAAUGUAACUCAUGAUUUUAUGGUCAUUUUAAACAUGCCUUCUCUCAUCUGAUCGUGUUCCUAAAAACAUUCAAAAUGUGGCCACAAGCUUUUGUUUGAAGAGAUUUUAAGUUUUGUAUUUAAAUGUAAUUUUAUCUGUUUAUUGUUAGGCUAUUCAAAUGAUAUAUGGCACAUCAUGAAUUGUUGCACACAUUUUCAGUAGCAAGAGAUUUUUGUAGAUAUAGCUGUUACAUAGAUGAUAGGUGGUCAAGAUAUGGUCAGUAAAUAGUUACAACAGUAUAUUUUACUCUUUAGAAUAUCAUGAAAUUGUUCAGAUGUAUUGCUUAUAGCUCCUUGUGUUUCAACCUAGCCCAAUAUAUAUCACAUGUAUUUACGUCUUUUACAAAGACAACUGGCAAAGUCUUUAACUAUAUAUUUUUAAUACAAUGAUUGUAAAUAUUUUGUUAAAUAUUUCAGAGACCUAUUCUGUUUAUUGGACACAAUUCAGCUGCAAAUGACUGAGAAAAAUAUACACUGUAGCAAUGAGUAUUGUUCUUAUUAAAGAAAUCUCAUUUCUUGUCUCGUUUAUACAAAGUACGACAUUAGACUAUUUUUGCUCCAUCUUUGUUGCUUUCAGCUCUGUUAUCUUAAAUGUGUGCAGGUUCAGUCCUGAAAACUGAACAAAAUGUAGAAAUUUUAUGUGUUUAUGAUACUGAUAGGAUAUAGGUUGUGGCAGACUAGAUCAUGUGCACUACCCUGCUGCGCAGCAUGGAGACGUGUUACUGCUAGAACAUACUGUAUACAGUUAUGCAUGUGGACAUGCUGCUGCUGCACAAUCAGAAGAAUGCAAGAAGUGCUUCAUUAAGCAUACAACAUGCUGUUGCACAAAUAGACAAACAAUCCCACUGUAGCUCUAGACAGGUGAUGCUGGGGAGGUGGAGGGUUUCACAGCAAACUCUUGUAGUGUACAACAGUAAAUAGGUUGAUAGGCUACCCGAUUACACGUCACAACAUAUCAUGUGAGCCGAUUGGCUUGACAUCACAUAUGAGCGAGCUGAUUGGCUAACUGGUCAGAUAACCACUCAGCUUGCUGCAUUCAGAGUUUCAUGCCUCAACUUAGUCAUACCCCUCUGCAUAUCUUAAAGAGAAAAGAAAAACAAUUGGCUAAAAGUUUCAAUGAAAGUACACAGACUCAUUGUCUAUUUUAAAUGUAAUAUUGCACAUGUAAGUUGCCUAUCAUUGUCUAUUUAAAAUGAAUCAGUAACAUCUCUUGUAGUACUAUGGGGCAAAACCAUUUUUCCAUGGCCUUUUUACAGAUAUAAUACAUCUUUAACCCUUCCAUGCUCUUUCAGCUCAAGCUCCUACAUUGAACCUACAGGGACAAAUUUACCCAUUUUUAAUCUUUAAUUUCUAAAGAUUGUAAUACAGGCUCUGUUUGCUUCAUCUCUACUUUUGGUCUUAAAUUGUUCCUCUAGGUGGCAGCAAACACUAGUAUUUUUUUUCUCUCUCUCUGUCACCUUACAUCACAAGAUACAGAUCUGAAAGGCAAGGGAUGGCUCAAUGUGGCUUCAAAAAUCUUGUAAUAA